ACAGCAUUUUUUCACCUACUCCAGUCACCAGCAAAUCAUCUCCCUCCUUCGACGAUCUGCGUCUCUCGCCGGGAAACUUCUCUCGUUCGUAGAUCGCCGGCGAUUUAAAAAUCUAGAUCGUCUCUCGUAAAACCUAGCGAGAAGCCAUGGCGUUUGAGAAGAUCAAGGUGGCAAAUCCCAUCGUCGAGAUGGAUGGUGAUGAAAUGACCAGAGUUAUUUGGAAGUCCAUCAAGGAUAAGCUCAUUACCCCUUUCGUGGAGUUGGAUAUCAAGUACUUCGACCUUGGUCUUCCUCACCGUGAUGCUACGGAUGACAAAGUUACCGUCGAAAGUGCUGUAGCCACUAAAAAGUAUAAUGUGGCGAUCAAGUGUGCCACCAUCACUCCAGAUGAAGGCCGUGUCACAGAAUUUGGUUUGAAGCAGAUGUGGAGAAGUCCAAAUGGUACCAUCAGGAAUAUUCUGAACGGAACUGUAUUUAGAGAACCAAUUAUCUGCAAAAAUGUUCCCAAGCUUGUCCCAGGCUGGACUAAGCCCAUCUGCAUUGGAAGACAUGCUUUUGGAGAUCAGUACCGUGCCACUGAUGCUGUAAUCAAGGGACCAGGAAAACUGACUAUGGUUUUUGAGGGAAAAGAUGGGAAAACUGAAACUGAAGUCUUUACAUUUACCGGUGAAGGUGGUGUUGCUAUGGCCAUGUACAAUACUGAUGAGUCCAUCCGUGCUUUUGCUGAGGCAUCGAUGAACACUGCUUACGAGAAAAAGUGGCCACUUUAUCUUAGCACAAAGAACACCAUUCUUAAGAAAUACGAUGGCAGAUUCAAAGACAUCUUCCAAGAAGUGUAUGAAGCUAGCUGGAAGUCAAAGUAUGAAGCUGCUGGUAUAUGGUACGAGCACCGUCUCAUCGACGAUAUGGUGGCUUACGCUCUUAAGAGCGAAGGAGGCUAUGUGUGGGCAUGCAAAAACUAUGAUGGUGAUGUCCAAAGCGAUUUCUUGGCACAAGGGUUCGGAUCACUUGGGUUGAUGACAUCAGUUUUGGUUUGUCCGGAUGGGAAGACGAUUGAAGCUGAAGCAGCUCAUGGAACGGUGACACGUCACUACAGGGUUCACCAGAAAGGUGGUGAGACCAGCACAAACAGCAUAGCUUCUAUUUUCGCUUGGACUCGUGGUCUUGCACACAGGGCUAAGUUAGAUGACAACUCAAAACUGUUGGAAUUCACCGAGAAGCUCGAAGCUGCUUGUGUCGGUACAGUGGAGUCUGGGAAAAUGACUAAAGAUCUUGCACUCAUCAUUCACGGCUCAAAGCUCUCGAGGGACACUUACCUGAACACGGAAGAGUUCAUCGAUGCAGUUGCGAACGAGCUCAAAGCAAGACUCGGCAUCAAAGCUUAAGAGAACUAAAGACUCAGUUACUCAGUCAUUAAUUUCUAUCUGGUGGGUUUGUGAGAGUGGUUGGUGGGAUUGGGAGAAAUAAAAAAGAGAAACUUUUGGUUUAAGGGGAAUAUUGAGAACGAUUUGUUUCCUCUCUUUAUAAUAUUUUCUAAACAUUGCGACAUUUUUUUUCUUUCUUAUUUAUAAUUUAUGCAGAUCACGAAUUUUAUUUGAUU